AUGGCUGCCGAUGUCCUGUCCCCACGUAGCGACCCCAAUGCUGCGCAAACAGGCGUCAACCGCACCUCACUACCCCCACUUGUCACCUCCCCGCCUUCCAAGGCCAAGCUGGAGCGCGCCAGCUCCUACCUCAACAAGCGUCUCUCAACCUUCUCAAACAUCUCAAACACAUCAAACACCCACCAGUCGGUACGCUCACGGCCGCAAUCAACCGCCUUUCCUAUCUUCCACUCGAGCCUACCUUACUCACUGGUGCGCGACUUUGCUUACGACCCGCUCCAUCCUCUGUUCUACGGUCCCCUCCCAGAACAGCCAUCAGACAUAUCCACUCCCGCAAGCGAACAUAGCCGGAGACUUUCGGACCCACCUCCGGUAGCAUGGCGCAACGAACGAAGCGGCUGGUCGGCGGGGUCGUGGGACGAGAAAGAAGGCGAACAACUCCCCCAAACCUCGUACGAUGGAGGCCCACCAUACAGCGAGGACGAAGAUAUCUCCAGCCCCGUAGUCACUAGCCACCACGGCGCACGGCACAAGAAGCACAAGUCCAACAUUGUCAAUUUUGAUCACACACGUGGGCGCAGAGGAUACCCGGAAGAACAACGGCGCAGUUCCAUUCUGCCCCUCAAUGGCGACAGCAGCCAAUUCGGCAACGACGAUACUGCUAAUGGUUCCAGCAGCGAGUACAUUACAUACCCGCCAGAGUCAUCCCGACUCGGCGUACCCGAAGGUGCGUCACGACGUGAUUCCCACUUUGCGACAACCCUGCCCCCACGCGCAUAUGCCGACGCCGAUACAGCCCUCCAACAAGGCCCGCCAUACGAUUCAGACGACGACAUGUCCGAGCCUGAAGACUACAUAUACGACGACAGCCGCUUUUCACGCGACUACCAGUUUACCAUUGCUUCACCCGACGAAGAGAUGCACGGCAAGGCUGUUGCCUUGUUCGACUUUGCCCGUGAAAAUGAUAAUGAACUACCGUUGGUAGAAGGCCAGGUCAUCCUAGUAUCCUAUAGACAUGGCCAAGGCUGGCUAGUGGCCCAAGACCCAAAGACUGGGGAGAGCGGUCUAGUACCGGAGGAGUAUGUGCGCCUGCUCCGCGACAUCGAAGGAGGCUGGAACGGCCUAGUAGGUGCUAUCCACUCGCAACCCGAAUUACAACUUCCCGAAGGCAAGCACGGACCAGAAAGUCUGCUGAGCCCCGUUUCUGCUGGGCCAGAGGCCAAGACGCCCACACAGGCUGAUCAUCCUCAGAACUAUACUCCGGUCAUAUCGACCUUCUCAACUAGCCAUAAGGACCUCGAAAAGUACCCCACCGAAAGGCUUGGAACACCCACUACUACCGAGGGCACUGUCUUUCCACGAAGCAAAGAGGGUGGCGCUAUGGAGGGUGUAGAGACGACCCCGGAACCCCAGUCUCAAGAACAGAGGUUGUGA